AUGGAUCCAGAAGUCCCUGAGAACCAGGCUGCUGUCGUUAUGUCCUUUGUAAAUCAAGCAGCUCCUGACAUUAAGAAAAAACUCCAAAGGCUAGAGGAUUUAGAAGGUAAACAGAUCCAGGAUCUGCUCCGUAUAGCACAACGGGUCUACAACAACAGGGACGCCCCAGAAGAGAGACAGAUCAAGGCCACAGAGAAAAUGACUAAAGUCCUGGCUGCUAUAGUCCAGAAAGAACAGCCACCCCCAGAAGGCACUCAAACAACACGCCCUCCCAGGGUAACGUUGCAAGUGGAGGGGACCCUGGUCCAGUUCCUAGUUGAUACCGGAGCACAGCACUCAGUUCUGGUCAAGCCCCAUGGAAAAGUAUCUGAAAAAUCAUCCUGGGUACAAGGGGCCACCAGAAUAAAGAAGUACCCCUGGACAACUCAGAGGACUGUGGACUUAGGAACUGGGAAGGUAACCCACUCCUUCCUGGGCAUUCCCGACAGCCCCUGCCCCCUGUUGGGGAGGGAUUUGCUUACCAAAAUGGGGGCCCAAAUUCAUUUCCAACCGGGGGGACCCAUAGUGACUGACUUCCACAACCAACCCAUAUCUGUACUCACUGUGAAACUAGAGGAUGAAUAUAGGCUCCAUCAGGAACCCACUCCUCUGGAUCAGGGCAUCGAGCCCUGGCUUCAACACUUCCCAGACGCAUGGGCAGAAACGGGUGGUAUGGGGUUAGUAAAACAUUGCCCAACCCUAUUUAUAGAGGUCAAGCCCGGGACGGACCCCGUCCACGUGCGCCAAUACCCUAUGCCCACGGAAGCCAAAAAUGGCAUCACACCGCAUAUCCGCCGCCUCCUUGACUUCGGGGUCCUAUGCACCUGCCACUCAGCAUGGAAUACCCCCCUGCUGCCCGUGCGCAAACCCAACAGCGGGGAAUACAGACCAGUGCAAGACCUGAGAGAAGUCAAUAAGCGGGUGAUGGACAUACAUCCAAUUGUUCCUAACCCCUAUACUCUCCUGAGCGCCCUCAGCCCAGAAAAACAAUGGUACACUGUUCUGGAUCUAAAAGAUGCUUUUUUCAGCCUACCACUAGCGCCUAAAAGACAAGAGCUAUUUGCAUUCGAGUGGACAGAUCCAGACAGGGGCAUAAAUGGCCAGCUCACUUGGACCAGACUGCCACAAGGAUUCAAGAACUCUCCGACCCUGUUCGACGAGGCUCUACACGAAGAUUUAAGUGAGUACAGACAACAACACCCUAAUAUAACUCUCCUACAGUAUGUUGAUGAUCUCUUAAUAGCUGCUGAGACACCCGAAGCCUAUCCAGGAAACCAAGGUCUCCUGCCAACUCUGGGAACCUUAGGCUACCAUGCCUCAGCAAAGAAGGCUCAGAUCUGCAAGUCAGAGGUAACUUACCUGGGUUACUUACUGAGAGGGGGGCAACGCUGGGUAACAGAUGCCAGGAAGGAGACUGUCCUUCAUAUUCCCAGACCACAGACACCACGACAGGUGAGGGAAUUCCUAGAGUCGGCUGGGCUCUGCAGACUAUGGAUACCAGGGUUUGCUGAAUUAGCAAAACCUUUAUAGCAGGCAACAAAAGAUCAACAGCCCUUUAGUUGGACGGAAGAAGCUGAACAGACCUUCCAACAAAUUAAAACUGCUCUGCUAUCAGCACCUGCCCUGGGACUCCCCGAUGUCUCCAAACCCUUCCACCUAUAUGUAGAUGAAAACCGGGGCAGAGCCAAGGCGGUGCUAACCCAGCAUUUGGGCCCUUGGUGCAGGCCAGUAGCCUAUCUGUCUAAAAAGCUAGAUCCAGUGGCCGCCGGAUGGCCACCCUGUCUCCGGAUGAUUGCAGCCACUGCCCUAAUGGUAAAGGACGCUGAUAAGCUGACCAUGGGCCAAGAGCUACAAGUCAACCCGCAUGCCAUCGAGGGCAUCCUCAAGCAGCCGCCUGACUGAUGGCUGAGCAAUGCGACUCAUUACCAGGGACUGCUGUUGAACCCCCUCAAGGUCAUCUUCACCCCCCCAACGGCCCUGAACCCAGCAUCACUGCUGCCAGACCCAGACAUGGGAACCCCACUUCAUGACUGUGCUGACAUACUGGCUCAAGUUUAUGGGGUCCGGGAAGACUUGCAGGACCAACCAUUAUCGGAUGCAGACACCAUCUGGUUUACCGACGGAAGCAGCUUCAUUCACCAAGGACAAAGGUAUGCGGGGGCGGCCAUAACUUCAGAAACCGAGGUGAUUUGGGCAGAAGCCCUACCCGCCGGAACCUCGGCCCAGAAGGCUGAACUAAUAGCCUUAACCCAGGCCCUAAAAUUAGGGAGAGACCGCAAGCUAACCGUGUACACUUAUAGCCGAUAUGCCUUUGCCACCGCUCAUGUACAUGGGGUGAUAUACAGAGAACGGGGGCUCCUCACAGCUGAAGGGAAAGACAUCAAAAAUAAAGAAGAGAUUCUAGCCCUGCUAGCAGCCUUAUGGGAACCCAAAAAGCUAGCGAUUGUGCAUUGCCCAGGACACCAGAAGACAACCGACCCAGUUUCCCGGGGCAACAAUUUGGCCGAUCAGACUGCAAAAAACAUAGCUCGGCCCCCAGCGCAAUUGCUGACCCUACAGCUGCCAGACUCCAGACACUGGGAAUUGCCCCCCAGCCCUGAAGACUCCAAAAGCAGCAUUAUACUCCCAGAUAAACUAGGAUGGUAAGUUCUAGAGCGGAUCCAUCGCAGCACCCACUUAGGUUCCCGGCGAAUGUUGGACUUACUGAGACAGACUGGACUAAAAACCAGAAAUGUCUCUGAUAAGGUCGAUCAAGUAGUCACUAAAUGUACAGUGUGCCAACUCAACAAUGCGAGUACAAUCCUCAGACAACAGGUAAGACAAAGAGGGAGCAGACAGGGGACCUAUUGGGAAGUAGAUUUCACUGAGGUAAAACCAGGAAAAUAUGGAUAUAAGUAUUUGCUAGUUUUUGUAGAUACCUUUUCAGGAUGGACUGAAGCCUUUCCAACCAAGAAUGAAAUGGUGCAGAUUGUAGCCAAAAAGAUCCUAGAAGAAAUCUUGCCCAGAUAUGGUUUUCCAGUAAUGAAAGGGUCAGACAAUGGACCUGCAUUCGUCUCUAAGGUAAGACAGGGACUGGCUUCCAUACUUGGGGCUGAUUGGAAAUUACAUUGUGCAUACCGAACCCAAAGCUCAGGACAGGUAGAGAGAAUGAACAGAACAUUAAAGGAGACCCUAACCAAAUUGACCAGGGAGACUGGAGUCCUUCUCCCCUAUGCUCUGUUCAGGGUGCGUAAUUCCCCAUACAAACUGGGACUCACACCCUAUGAAAUAAUACAUGGUAGACCACCCCCCAUCAUCCCUAACCUAAAAGAUAACCUUGUCAAAGCUGAGAACAAUAAUAGUCUUGAAUUCUUGUUCUCCCUACAAGCCUUGCAGAGGGUCCAUAAAGAUGUAUGGCCCAAAUUAAAGGAACUCUAUGAGACUGGACCCCCGCCUAUUCCUCAUCAAUUCCGGCCAGGGGAUUGGGUCCUCGUCAAACGUCAUCGGCAGGGAACUCUGGAGCCCAGGUGGAGACCCUUCCAGGUCAUCCUGACAACGCCUACUGCCAUCAAAGAAGACGGAAUCGCCACCUGGAUCCAUUUCGCCCACACCAAACCAGUGGACCCGUUCUCAGACCUCAUCGGUCCUUCAAAGACAACCUGGACUGUUGAUCGGACUAAGGACAAUCCUUUAAAAUUGACCCUACGCCGCCAACGGACUGAGCCGUAA